AUGACAAGACAACCACAAUCACAACUGCCAGGAGAAAGAGUAGAUAAGUCACGUUCGACUCGACUCGACUCGACUCUCGACUCUCUAAGUGCUGGAAAUCAUGGUAGUGUCACGUGGACAUUCCAUAAAGAGCUUAGCGCUGGCCUGCCACUAGUCUUCCCCUACUUCGUAGUAUCCAGCUGCAAAAAACUCGAAACCCAAUUUUCUUCUCCAACUCCACCAUCAUUGUUCGAGAUAGUUUGCAAGCGCAGUGUUCGCAGUGCUGGAAACUCCGGCCUUUCCCUGUCAGAAUGGUCAGUACACCGCAGCCAAACGCAGCCAAACGCAGCCCACCGCAGCCCAGCCCAGCCUGGAGCUCGAGCUCAAGCUGACCGAUACCAGGCUUCCUCCACAGCUUCGACCACUACCCCAUCCUUCCGACACAACUUCGAGAGACGCGUGGAGGAUGUGAAGCCACUGAAAAGUGACAUCAACUCUCUCAUCUUCGACUACCUCACCACUGAAGGUUACCCUUCUGCCGCUGCGAAGUUCUCCAAAGAAGCGAAUCUCAGACCACGGCAGGAGGAAGACUUGUUGAGGGCUCGGCGCCAGAUCCAGCAGUUUAUAAACUCGGGGGAUAUAGAGGAAGCGAUCAAGGCCCUCAACGAGCUCGACCCUCAUGUCUUAGACAACAAUCCAUCGUUGUACUUCGCCCUUCUCAGACUUCAGCUUGUUGAGUUAAUACGUAAAUGCAAUGCGACCCCUGGAAAUGAUAUCACCCCAGCCUUGAACUUUGCCACCGAGUAUCUCGCGCCACGGGCACCCACCCGCAAGGAAUUUAUGGAGGAUCUGGAGAAGACUAUGGCAUUGCUUGUCUUUCCCAAAGAAAGCCUCGAGCCGCCUCUCGCAGCCUUAUUACGGCCUGAGCUUCGACGUGGCGUCGCUGAUCGGGUCAACAAGGCCAUCCUGACAGGUCAGAACGCACGGCGAGAUGCUACUAUCAGAAAUCUUGUUCGCCUGCGGGCAUGGGCCGAAGACGCAGCUCGACAAACCAAGAAGGACUUGCCACAACACCUGGAGCUUGGUCUUGACGGCGAGGAAAGGAGUGGCUCUCCUGGGAAUGGACCUGAGCCCAUGAUAUCAUGA